AUGAGUGUGAUAGGAACUGUUAUAGGGGGGACCGUGGAAUCGGGCGCAACGAUUCCCAUACUACCAGAAGACGGCAGCAUUGUGCAGGCCUUUCUGCUGCGCAUCGAGCGCCGGUACACCCAGAUGGGAUUGGAGCCGCGCGAGUCGGGAAAUGCACUUAUUGACCACCUUGUGGGCCUGGCUCUAACGUACUGGAUGUAUCUACGGAGAACUAUCGACCUAAGCGACUGGACGACAGUACAGCGCAGGCUUUUGGAGCGGUGGACGACAGUACAGCGCAGGCUUUUGGAGCGGUUUGACAAAACAAUGUCGCAGAGUCAAUUGUUAACGGAGUUGGCUAAAGUACGGUGGAAUACUAAACCGAAGGAAUACACGGACCGGUUUGCGGCUGUAGCGGAGCGUGGUUUGGGUGUUGCCCCCGACGAACUCGCUGACUACUACUGCACCGGGCUACCGACAGACCUCCAUCUCCUAAUUACCAAUGACGGGCAGGUGAAAUAUCAGUCGUGGGAACAAGCGGCGACAGACGCAGCACGGCUCUACGAGCCCAAGCAGAGUGUGCUGGAACUCCGAGAAAGGACCAGUCGAGCCACUAGGGCUGCUAUCCAAGCUAAUGGACCCCGUCGGCGCCAGGAAAUUGAAAAUCGACCUGGGGGAACUCAUGCGAACUGCUUUGAGUGUCAGGGUCGCGGACAUCCGGCACGUGUCUGCCCCAGCAAAGGGGAACGUACCAAACGUCUGGUGGAAAUAUGCAAGAAGUGUGGCGGUGUGGGACACUAUGCUCGGGACUGUCCUAAUUAUGAAUGUGGCCAGCCCGAGCCGGCGGACAAGAGCAGUAGGGAGCCCACCCGUCCUAGCGCUGAGAAGACGGAACGAUUAAACAGGGGGGCCUAG